AUGAGUUUCAUUCGACUGACCACACGAGGGUCAGGCGCACAGCCUGCUGAACGCCUCGGUGCUGGGGUCACCAUGGCUGCUACGGUUCACUGGCCCGUCACUCGUCUUGGCCUGCACCGGUGCCAAAGAGACAACCACGCUGUCUACGAUGUGGCGCUGCCGCUGGGAACGGUUACCGCGCUCGUCGAAGAUGAACCUGGCCUACACGCUCGGACGUUCCUAAGUGUUUUUAUCGCAGAGGGACUAGCGCACGAACACAGCCUGGGUUUGGUGCCGGGUGCACUCGUUGAAGGGGUGCCAGCGAGCCCGGUGGCGGGCCCUUCAUCCAGCGCAGCAGCGAGCGCUUCCUCUGCGGCACCUGAAGCGGACUUGCGAAUAGCCUGGCGGUACGCGAAUAAAGUCGGGUCCGCUAGCAAGAGAAGAGCAGAGCGUGCCCGCCUCGAUCUGUCGCUCCAAGUUAACCCGCGAGAGCUUUUGCGAAGUUCGGCUGCGCUUCGAUUGUACCAAUCGCUGGAAGGGGCCCUGGAGUUCGCUGCAGCCCCUGCAUCACAGCAGUGCCGACGACUGGCGCUACAGUCACCGCACCACUGGGUUUGCUCGCAAAUGAUAGGGGGUCUCAGUGAAGAGACGGCGUUGAGUCGCCUUUGGCGGUUCCUAUAUAUCCUCCGACAGCGAUGCCGCAAGUCUAUGACGGUUGCGGUUAUGACGCUGUCCCGUCAGUGGGCCUUGAAUCCAUCGUUGCUCCACCUGCUAGACGCUGUGAUCGAUGUCAAUACGUUCGGAGGCAAGGGAGUUGCUGAGCUCGGGCUUGGCGCUUUCGAUGGCCUCAUUCAUCCGUUGAAAAUGGCUGUGGUGCCGUCGUCGUUGAAACCGAUGACUCCGUUCAUUGUCGAUGACCAGGAGAAAUCACCGCUUGAAGUUGAUUUGCUCGUGUUCAGGCGAACACGGCGCGAACUAGUGGUCGAGCCUGCUCACGAGGCACCUGACUUGUCGAUUCCGGGCACACGACCAUCACAUUCCAAAGCGAAGCAGAUAGAUGGAGUCGCUGAUACAUUGAAACAAAUGCAGGAUGCUGACGCUUUCGCAACGGAUUGGUAA